AGCCAAAAUUUCAUUCUUAACACUAAUGGCUAUGGUUUUAUUACGUCGCCGGGAACGUGAAAUGAGCCUUGCCUAUAAUCGAACUGUAUCAAAGGUAGACCGCUUUUUUGAGAAUGAAGCAAAAGGCAUCAAUAUCAUUAGUGCUCGAUCUAUUGAAGAUCUUGUUAAACGCCCAGAUAAAAUCAUACUUUUGGUCAAGGCUGGUUCUGUUAUUUAUGGUUUAUUGAACAACUUAUAUCUCGAUAAAGAUAUAAUUAUCGAUGGCUAUUUUCCAAAUUCCAUUCGCAAAUACAAAUGUUUGAAAGAAAAACCGGACUAUUGGUGUCUUAGGUG